AAUUUGUCAUCUUUAUAUAUAAUUUUCAGUGAUUUUAAAUACUCAUUUUUAUACUUGUUUUCUUGUUUUGAAACAUCCCAUUUAGUGCUUUGGCUUUACUCUUUCCAAUUCACAAAAAAAUUGAUUCUCUUUUGCAUUUUUGUCAUUGAGGAUUGAAUCUUCUUGCUCUUUUGUCAUUCAAGAUUGAAUCUUUUAUGCAUUUUUGUCACUAAAGAUUGAAUGUUUUUGGUCUUUUGUCACUGAAGAUUGAAUGUUUUUGCUCUUUUGUCAUUGAAGUUUGAAUCUUUUUACAUUUUGUCACUAAAGAUUGAAUCUUUUUGCUCUUUUGUCACUAAAGAUUGAAUCUUUUUGCUAUUUUGUCACUAAAGAUUGAUCCCCAAAUGGAGAAAGUUAAAGCUUGGGAUAAAGAAAGUCUAAUUACUGAGCUUACUCAAGGGAAAGAGUUUGUAAACCAGUUUGAUCCUCUGGCUUCACCAAAGGAAUGUGAUUUACUUCUUGAGAAAAUACUUUCCUCUCUAGACAAAUCAUUGUCAAUUUUGAAUUGUGAAAUUCUUAAUGGAACAAAUGAUCCUUUUCCUUUGAGGGAUCAAGGCCAAAAUAAGAAAAGAAAGAAAAUGCAGCAAUGGAGCAAACAAGUUAAAGUAUAUGGGACAGAGCUUGAAAGUUUUAAUCAUGAUGAUGGUUAUAGUUGGAGAAAAUAUGGGCAGAAAAACAUUUUAGGAGCUAUUAAUCCAAGGGCUUAUUAUAGGUGCACUCACAGGAAUACACAAGGCUGUUUAGCAACAAAACAAGUUCAAAAAUCAAAAGAAGACCCUUUAGUCUUUGAAGUGACAUAUAAAGGAAUGCAUAGUUGCAAAACCUCACAAUCAUCAAUAUUCCUUUCAUAUGAAAAUCAAAAGCCAAAUCAGUGUCAAAUAAAGAAACAAAGAGUUGAAAAGUUGAAUACUAUCAAAGAAGAAAAUGUUCCUUUCACUCCACUAAAAUGUGAAAGUCAAAAUGCCCAAUUUUUUGCCAAUUCAAUAGAGCCAUUUACAUCAGAAUCCAUGUACUUGUCAUUGUUGCCAAAUCAAGAAGAGGAGUUUGAGAUGGACAAGAUUUUUCAGAGCUCAGAAUCGGAUCGUAUUGUGUUUAGCUCAACGCCAACUUCAAUAAUUGAAUCGCCUUUUUGCAGAGACUGGGAUUCAUCAGUGGAUGAUCAACUUGAUGUUCAUGAUCCUAACUUGAUGAUCGACAUUUCUGAAUAUUUCAACUAAUUUAAGAGUAG